AUGGCAUUACGUAUCGUAAUAUAUAUAUAUAUAUAUAUAUCUAUCUGUUUUGAUACAUAUCGUCAUAAAAAUAACAGAUAAAGCAUUCUUUACGUUUCAAAUAUAGUCAUAUAAACUUUAUAAUGGCACUUGUUUCCAAUAUAAUUUCAUCCAUUACGCAAAAUUUUACUAAAUUUGGAUUAAAUUCAAAGUCUAUUAAUUGGGUAUCAUGCAUCAGGUAUGCAUCAAAGAAAGCUGGCAGCUGUACGAAAAACAAAAYUAUUAAAACAAAACCAAAGCGUAGAGGUAUGCGUGUGAGCGAUGGUGCGUUUGUACAGGCAGGAACAAUGCUCGCUACUCAAUUGAGACCUAGAUUUCAUCCUGGACUAAAUGUUGGUUGUGGAAAAAAUGGAACAUUGUUUGCUAUGRAGGCAGGAAAYGUGAUGGUAACUUGUGAGAAGGUUAAUCUCAAUUGGGAUCGUCCUUGGGUGAAAAUAAAUUAUGCGAAUCGGGAAGGACAAACUAUUUAUAAGAAACAUUUCAAUGUAAUACCCAAACCUCAGCACAAUCGUUUUAGACUAAUCAACACCAUUUAKAUUUGAGAGUUUAGUUGAGUCAUUUUUGUAGGACAUUUAUUUUAAUGCGAAGACAUCUAAAGUAAAUAGUGCAAUUAUUUCAUAUUUUUUUAUGCUUAAAAAUUAUAAUCAACAAAURUUUAAUGUGAUAGAGAAAUUUACUUKACAUGAUAAUACGAGUAUUAAUUAAGACUUUUACGUAAUCACUAUCUGCUUUCAAAUCUAUUAUUUUCAGCCCACUUAAAUGAUUGAUAUUUUACACUUUUUCCAUCUUCGGAGAAGGUAGCAAAAACUUGUACUUUUCUAACAUGACUUGCUGUACGAYAUUGYCCAACAAGUUCUGUAAUUGGUAUUUCCUCGCUUCUGUUUUUGCACUGUAUUAUAAAUUGAGAAUGGAACAUAAUAGGAUCACCUGUGAACAUAUAUAUGUAUAAGAAUUAUAGAUUUACGUGAAGAGCUCUUUCCGAUGGCAUUAAUAGGAAAAAUGAUUAAUAAAUUUGGUCAUAUAAUUAUAAUAUCA